CGUUGAUUGGCUGGUCGAUGGUUUUUACUGACACCUCGACACCACCUGCACAUGAAGAUGGGCGAAGCGUAUCGAGAAGUGGCCACGAGCCCCAAGCCACCGCCUGGCAGCACGUUCAUCGGCUCGGAGACGUCGUUGCUCUCGAAUAGCUUCCGCCACCUGUGGCUGAAUCCUCGCUCCACCGAAACCCACGGCCCGUUUUGCACGAACGUGGUCGUCACAUCCAAGUAUACCAAGUGGUCGUUCUUGCCCAAGUUUACCGUCGAGAGCUUUGCCAAGCUGGCGAAUGCGUACUUUUUGCUCGUAUCCAUCCUGCAGUGCAUUCCUGCGAUCACCAACACUGGCUGGCCAUCGACGCUGCCCGUGCUCAUGUUCAUCUUGACAGUGGACGGCACUCUGGCGAUCAUCGAAGACCGCCGAAGGCACUUAGCAGACGACGAAGCCAACUCGGCGUCGUGUCGCGUCGUGUUCAAUGGCAACCUCGUGGCGAUGCCCUGGUCUGCGCUUCAAGUAGGCCACAUCGUCAAGCUGGACAACCGCGGCACCGCGCCCGCCGACUUGUUGAUUUUGGCCGUGCAUGAAGUGGACGUGGAGCACAAGGCUGGUAUUUGCUACGUCGAAACCAAGUCGUUGGAUGGCGAAACCAACUUGAAACUUCGACAAGCGAUGGAAAGCACUAUGCACGCGCAGGAUGAAGUCGAAGUGUCAGCGCUGCACGGUCGGGUCGAGUGCGAACAGCCCAACAAAGCCAUCAACCGCUUUGCCGGGUCAUUCUUUACCGACCAACCUAAUGGAUCUAUCGCGAACCAUCCUAUUUCGAUCCAAAAUAUCGUUUUGCGCGGAUGCCAACUCCGCAACACCGAGUGGAUGUACGGGCUCGUGCUCAACACUGGCCCCGACACGAAGAUCAUGCAGUCGUUUGCCAAGCCUGAAACCAAAUGGAGUUCCAUCAACGAUCACGUCAACGUGAUGAUCAAGUGGCUUCUGGCUAUGCUGUUAUCUCUGUGUGUGUGUGCAGCAUCGGCCCAAGUGUACUGGGACUACCGCUUCUCCACCCACACUUGCGCCAAAUUGAACGCGUGCUACCUGUCCCUACCUCGGCACACUCCGUUUUAUCGAUGGCUCGUGGCGUGCGGUCAGUACUUUUUGCUCCUCUACCAAAUGAUCCCAGUGUCGCUUUACGUGACUAUCUCGACGGUCAUGCUAAUCCAAGCCAUGUUGAUGGCGUUGGACCUGGACAUGUACUACGACGUCCUUGACUCACGCAUGAUUGUGCGAACGAUGGCGCUGAAUGAAGAAUUGGGCCAGAUUUCGUACAUUUUUAGUGACAAAACUGGCACGUUGACGUGCAACGUGAUGGAAUUCCGCAAAUGUUCGAUCAAUGGCGUCAGUUAUGGCCUUGGCACGACGGAAAUUGGACGAGCGGCGCUGAAACGCAAGGGCCUCCCCGUGCCUGAAGUUCCCGUGUCGAAAUAUGGGGCGAAAGUGCCCUAUGUGAACUUUCACGACCCGAAAUUGCACCAGAAAUUGACCGACAUUCCGCUGAACAGCUCCACUAACGCUCUCACGAACGAAGCCGAAUUUUUCUUGCACUUGGCGAUUUGCCACACGGUGAUCCCAGAGCAAGCAACCGACAAGCACGGCGACGCGGUGCUCCGGUACUCUGCGUCGUCCCCGGACGAGCAGGCGCUGGUGUCGGCGGCCAAGUUCUUUGGGUUUGCAUUCGAGUCGCGGGGCUUGGGCGUGGCGCGCGUCCGCGUGACCAACAAAUCACUGCAGCAGGACCCGUCUGCGUCGAGCGAGUUGUGGGAGUUCAAAGUGCUGGACGUGCUCGAGUUCAACUCGGACCGGAAGCGCAUGAGUUGUGUGGUGCAAGACCCGAACGGGGCGUUCAUGUUGCUCACCAAGGGCGCGGACAACGUGAUCACUCCGCUGCUGGCCAACGACAACGACGCGGACGUGGUCGCGGCGACGCUGGAGCAGCUGCAGACGUUCGCCGACGACGGCCUCCGCACGCUCACAAUCGCCAAGAAGGUGAUUCCCACAGCGUACUACCACCAGUGGACCAAGCGGUACAAGGCCGCGUGCGCGUCGCUGGACCAGAUUGACAAGCGCAAGAAUGGCCACCCGAACGACAUUGACGCGUGCAUGGUCGAGAUGGAGCAAGAUCUGGUGCUGCUGGGCGCCACGGCCAUCGAAGACAAGCUCCAGGACAACGUUCCGCGCGCCAUCGCCCGCCUCAUGGAGGCCGGCAUGAAGGUGUGGGUGCUCACGGGGGACAAGCAGGAGACAGCAAUUAAUAUUGCGUACGCGUGCCAGCUCAUGGACAACGACAUGAUGCAGUACGUGUUCAACUUGGACGAGUACCCGGACCUGGCGUCGUUGCGCGCGAGUCUCGCCUUGUGUGUGGCCGACCUCGACCUGGAAAUCACGCGGCGGUCGCUUGUGAUCGACGGCGAUGCGCUCGAAAUGGUCAUGGCCGACACAGAUGAUGCGUGUGCCAUGUUUUUAAAAGUCGCCAUGGAAUGUGCGUCCGUCGUGUGCUGCCGCGUGUCGCCGUCUCAAAAGGCCGAAGUCGUGGGGCUUGUUCGGGCCAACAACGUCAAAGCUCGCACGCUCGCGAUUGGCGACGGCGCCAACGACGUGGCGAUGAUCCAGCGCGCCCAUGUUGGCGUCGGCAUCUGCGGCAUGGAAGGCAUGCAAGCGGUCAACUCGAGCGACUAUGCGAUCGGCCAAUUCUAUUUCCUAGAAAAGUUGCUGCUGCACCAUGGCCGAUUGAAUUACGUGCGCAUGUCCAAGUUGGUCGGGUACAUGUUUUACAAGAACAUCAUUUUGGUGUUGGCGCAAUACUUUUUCCUGUUUACAACUGGCUCGUCGGGCCAAAAAGAGUACUCGGAAGUAGCGUUCCAGCUGUAUAACUUGGCGUUUACGUCGCUGCCGAUUGGCGUGCUCGGCGUGUUCGACUACGACGUCCCGUGGGCGGUCGGCCAGCUGUACCCUGCCUUGUAUAAGGUGGGCAUAUCCGGCGACUUGUUCAACACACUCGUGUUGUUCAAGUGGAUUUGUGCGUCCAUCUUCGAAGCGGGGGUGAUCUUCGCAGUUGCCGUGUUUGGCUUCAACCAGCGGGAGCUCGGGGCUGGGAGUGGCGACCUGCAGCAGUACGGAAUCGUCCUCUUUGCUCUGGUCGUGCUCGUCGCCAAUUUCAAGAUCAUUUCGAUCCAACAAUCGUGGAUGUGUUGGGGCGGCGUUGCGUGGUGGUUGGGCGUGCUGGCGUAUAUCCCCCUGACGCUGUACGUCGAGUCGAAUUGGCUCUUUCUGUCCCAAGCCAACUAUGGCGCGACUCAAAAUACGCUGAACGGGCCGACGUUUUGGUUUGUGUUGCCGCUGACAAUUGUCACGUGUUUGCUGCGAAACUUUUCCUGGAAGGUGUUCCAGCGAUCGUUUUAUCCGUUUUUAUGGCAAGUGGUCCAAGAAAAACAUGUAUUGGGCAAAUCGCUUCACAACCCCGAGCGAUAUCCCAAUGUCAAGCUUGGAAACGACUUUGGAGGCGACUUGGAGGUCGCUUGGCUCGGUGACGGCAUGACUCUGCCCACCCUCAGUCAUCCCAGCGGCUCGCGAUAUAGCAACUCGUCGUCCAGGUCCGUGUCGAGAACCAACAGCGGGUUUGCCUUCAGCGCCGACCCUCACUCGUCCAUGGCGGAAGGGAUCAUGAUUACUCAACAGGAUGACGCGGCCAUGGCGGCGGCCCUGAAGGCGGGCGCGAGUCGCGUUCGACUCACCCGGCUGGACAGGCGGUCGUCAGAUUUUUCAACCGACCAGCAACACCCCACGGGGGUAUUUGUCUAGCAAAAGAAUGAAGUUUGUUGUAUUAUGAUUUUGCCACAA